UGCAGAGUGGAAGCGCGGUCCGUGUCUGCUGCUGUGUUCCUGGUCCGAGAGCGGUGUCUGCACCGUCCAUCCCGACGCUUCAGAUGGAGGUAUUUCCUGAAGUCAGAGCGGUCAUUGAUUUAAACAUCUUCAAGGACAAGGCAAAUGAGGCAUUGAACAUUAUUCAAUCAGGCAAAUCAAUUGAAAAGUGUAAGAAUGAUGGAAAUAGUUAUGAAGUUAUUGAUUCAUUUGAAAAGAUUAAUGAUAUUCACACACAGUUAUUGAAACUUAAAAUGAGGCCCUCCGCAGCGGAACUUACCAGGUCUUCUCGAACAGAAACUAACAGGUUCUCUGGAGCAAAAUCUACCAGAUCUUCUGGCACAGAGUCCAUUAGACCCUCUGAUGACAAUGCCACCAGGCCCUCUGACUUCAAUUCCGCCAGGUCCCCUGGUACAGAGUCCACCAGGCCCCCUUCCAAUUUUGAGUUGCUAGUAAAUGAAACAAUUCUAAAUUACAUUACAGAGAUUUACAGGGGCUAUUUGCAAAAGUUAGAGAAAGACUUUGAUGUUUCCAUAAAGAUGAACCCUUCUGGAGACAGUAAUGUUACGGUCCAGUAUACAAGUAACAAGAAUGGUUCAGUGUCCCGUGGAGCAACAGAUUCAUUUUUGACUCUCUAUCAAAAAGUUGCGACAAACUUAACGAUGGAAAUGAUAAAGAACCCAGGCAGAAGAACAAUAAAGAAGGAUACUGGAGCAUCUCUGCAAAAGAAAUUUCCAAAGGUUUUGCUUAUUCCUAAGGAAACAGAGUUUAUUAUAAUGGGAGAGCCUGCUGAUGUCAUUAGCUACGCACAUAUCCUGAAAUCUGAACUUGACCAAUUGGAAAGCUAUUCAAUGCCUGAUGCUACAAAUUCAAAUAGGAGACCACCUUUAUCAUCGGAAUACAAACCUAAGAUGUAUUCAGCUUCAGCAAGUAAAUUAGAGGCUAAGUCUGAGGACUUGACCUGCUCGUUUUGUGGUCAGGAAAGUGAAGAUCGAGAAACCUUAAGAAAAUGUAAACAUUCAUUCUGUAAGGACUGCAUAAACAGAAUUUUUAAAGCAAAAUUUGCAUGUCCUUUAUGUGGAGAAUUCAAUUCUGCCAGGCCCUUUGACAUCCAUUCCACCAGGUCUCCUGGUACAGAAUCCACCAGGCCCCCUUCCAAUUUUGAGUUACAUGUAAAUGAAACAAUUCUAAAUUACAUUACAGAGAUUUACAGGGGCUAUUUGCAAAAGUUAGAGAAAGACUUUGAUGUUUCUAUAAAGAUGAACCCUUCUGGAGACAAUAAUGUUACAGUCCAGUAUACAAGUAACAAGAAUGGCUCAGUGUCCCGUGGCGCAACAGAUUCAUUUUUGACUCUGUAUCAAAAAGUUGCGACAAACUUAAAGAUGGAAAUGAUAAAGAACCCAGGCAGAAGAACAAUAAAGAAGGAUACUGGAGCAUCUCUGCAAAAGAAAUUUCCAAAGGUUUUGCUUAUUCCUAAGGAAACAGAGUUUAUUAUAAUGGGAGAGCCUGCUGAUGUCAUUAGCUACGCACAUGUCCUGAAAUCUGAACUUGACCAAUUGGAAAGCUAUUCAAUGCCUGAUUCUACAAAUUCAAACAUGAGACCACCUUUAUCAUCGGAAUACAAACCUAAGAUGUAUUCAGCUUCAGCAAGUAAAUUGGAGGCUAAGGGUGAAGACUCGACCUGCCCAAUUUGUUUGGAAGAAAUUCAAGAUCGAGAAACUUUAAAAAAAUGUAAACAUUCAUUCUGUAAGGACUGCAUAAAUGUGGCUUUUAAAACAAAGUCUGCAUGUCCUAUAUGUGGAGAAUUGUAUGGCGAGAUAAUUGGUACUCAACCUGAGGGUGGCAGGAUGUCUUCCAGAAACAUGGCAAUGAGCCUUCCUGGUUAUGAAAAAUUUGAAACAAUUGAGAUACACUAUACAAUACCAGAUGGCAUUCAGGGGGCAGAACAUCCUCACCCUGGACAAAGAUAUUAUGGCACAACACGUACUGCGUACCUGCCAGACAAUGCUGAAGGAAGAAAGGUGUAUAAGUUACUGAGGCGUGCUUUUGAGCAAAGGCUGAUCUUCACUGUUGGAACAUCUAGUACUACAGGGAGAAGUAAUGUGGUAACAUGGAAUGAUAUUCAUCACAAAACAAAUACAGUGGGAGGACCAUCAAUGUUUGGGUAUCCUGAUCCAACCUAUCUGGCACGAGUGCAGGAUGAGUUGAAGGCCAAAGGCAUAUACUGAAAUAUGAUAUGGAGGUGUCGAUUUUGGACAGGGGUGGACAAGGUCAGAAGUCACAUGACACCUGUUUAUCAUCCAACAGGUUCAUUUGAAAUCACAAGUUUUUUGGUGAACCUGAUGAAGGAGCAGUGCUCCAAAAGCGUGUGAUUUCAAGUAAAUUUAUUGGACUGUAAUCUGUUGUGUGAUUUCUGAUCUUAAUCUGAAAUACAUAAUUACAAUGGUUGAGUUAAAUAAUUCUGUCUAUCAGGAAUUAUUGCUCCACGUGGAUUUCAAAAUGAUUUUAUUAAGGUUGUAUAUAUUUAGUGUUAACAGCAAUUCUUAUUGUCCAGCUUGUCUCAUGCACCAUUUUUUCUCCAAAUGCAUCAAUGUAUAAUUAUCUUCAAAAUAUCAUAAUUUGAUUUUGCUCAGUAGAUGUAUAAAAAAUUAAUUUUAACUUACAUCUGUCAAAUAUUUAACUGGGAUGUGUUUCCAUGAAUUAUGUAAAUAUAAUGGUAUGUAUUUUAUGGUGUUGAAACUAUUGAAUCUGUAAUGGCUUGCAUUCUAUCACCUCCAUCUGGAAAGUCAUUUCUUUAUUUCAGGCCCAAGUACAAAGCCAAACUUCGACCUGUCUUUCCAAGUGUUUGUAACUAAAGGCAUUUAAGUUUCUGUGGAAAUGCAGAAAGUAAGCAGAUUCAGUCAAUGCUGCAAUGUAGGUUGUUGGUGGAAGAGAGAAAAACUGAAAUAACAAAACUACAUCAACUGUCUAUGGUGAUUUUUGUGAGUUGCCUUCCCAGUCUCUACACUGCAGUCCCUUUUCACUCAUCUGGAUUUUCCUUUCACUCUAGAGAAGUUAUAAAAUGAAACUCAUCCAUACAGCACAGUACUGUUAUUUCUGCACAGCUCUCUGUGCAUAGAAAGAGGUGGUAAAUUUAUAGCAAGAAUAAGAUUAGCUAAGAAUCAAGGAAAGCAAUCAAUAAUAAAAGAAUAAUAGUAAAUAAAAGCAAACAAAACUACAUCUGCUGGCAUUUUCUAUGUUUCCUUGGCAUCAUUAUUACAACCUUGAUCCACAUAGCUUGACAUUUCAGUUAAACAUAAUGAUUUUCUAGAGUGUUUUUCUUUGGAUAUUUAAAAUGACUAAGAGAAAUUAAAUUCUCCAGGAGAAACCAAAUUAUAAUUUGCAAGCUAAUGCUUAAAAUAGUUGGCAGACAAUGGGUCUAAUGAUAUUUUGCAGUAGAUCUCUAAGAUUUUAGGAAGCCAGGGAAUUUAUUAAACAUUUGAAACAACAUCACUCGAUUCAUGUACCUACUUUCAUUUUCAACUUCCAUAUAAAUUCCAUAUCACAAAUGUAAUGUAUAUUUUUUGUAUCAUUGACUUUAAUGCUGCCAUAUUGAACUGGAAUAAUUGCUAUUUCAGACCGUACACAAACUGCAAGCAGUGUCUUGUCUUUCUAGUUUAUAGAUGCUCAGUCACUGGAUUGAAUCACUGCUUCAGUCUUGCUAUUCUAUUCUAUAUAAUCUAUUCUGAAGUAGUACCCGGAAUCUUUUGUUAACUGGUAGAAAAAAAAUGGUGUUGGAUUAAAAAAAUUACUUUGAAAUGCUGUGUGAUUGAAUCGAACAAGCACUUGCAGUAAUUUCAAAUUCCUCUCUGCGAUUUUAACUGUUCAUAUAUUCAACCAGAGUAUUUACCGUGAUGUCUUCAUUCCCAAUUUGAAAAUUGCAUCCGCUUGCAUAUUUUGAAAUUAUGUCUGUGACUGUGUUAAAUGCAGUAAAAGUAAUGGUGGUGCCAAUCCCAUACUUUACUAAUAUAAAUUUUCAUGCUUUAAAAUAAAUUUCCAUUAUAGCCAAUCUUGCA